UUCUAUCUCCCUCCAAAAACAUCAAGAGAGAAAAGCGCAUUCUAGCAAAAUCAGCCAGAAAACUUGUUCAAGAAAGCAUAAACUACCAUUGAAGACUAUAUCAAGAAAGCUCCAAGAGAAAUGGACGGUACUAUACCUAUCAGACCAUCGGCAAUUCCAAAACUCUCAGCACCUGGAGAAGUCGAUGAGAAUGACCUGAACAAUGACAAAAUGGGCUCCAAAUGGCAGAACCCGAAGAAACCAUCAACAAAGCACUUCAUGUCACCCACCAUAUCUGCAGCUUCCAAAGCUGUUGCUCAAAAAAUGAAAAUCUUGGCUGAGAGAAACGAAGCUCCUACUUUUUCUGAAACCCAAAUCGAUAAUUCCUCAAAGCUUGAUUUCACAACCAUUCCUGUAAAUCCCAAAAUAGGCCGUUCCAGAAGAUCUUCUUCGUCUCAGAUCACACCAUUAUACAACAGUGUAUCUGAGUCUGAUGAGGAUGAGCAGAACACUUUUGUUGCCCAAUCAUCUUUGAAGCCUUAUGACCCAUUGACAAAUUACCUUUCCCCGAGGCCUAAAUUCCUCCGAUACAAGCCAAACAGGCGUCACCAGAUCUUUCUUGGCUCUAAAAAUGAGAUUAGAGAAGAAAAAGAUGGGUUUGAUGAGGGAAGAAGUGCCUUGUUUGAUUCCCAGAAAGCCAUGGAUGAUGAAGAGUUGUUUUUGGGAGAUCCUCACAGAUUUUCAGCUGCUUCUUCUUCUCAAGAAGGUUCUGUAAAGCAAGAAGAGGAACGAAUUAACCAGAGUGACGAUUUCGAUUCUGAUGAAGAAAUGGAAGAGUUUGAGGAGAAAGGGAGCAUUUUGAAAGGGUUUUUGAAAUCUUUGCUUGUAUUUGUUCUUCUGUUUCUAUCUACCUUAUAUAUCUCUUCUAUGAACUCUCCUACACCUUCACCUACCCUACAAGCUAUAAGGGGUCUUCAAGAUGACUAUGUUAAGAUUCAAAAUCGUAUCUUUGAAGCUGUCACUAAGAAGGCACAGGUGGGUUCUGUGGAAGCAGUGAACCAGAGUGAAGAUGUAUAUGACGAGAAAUCCGAAACUGAACCAGAAACUGAAGUUGAAUAUGAUCAUGAAUUGGAUGAUAACUCUGGGAGUUUUAAUCAGUUGAUGGGGACUGAAACUGAUGAGAGUGAAGCUGUAUAUGAUGAGAAACCAGAGGAUGCUUGCGAGUGUUCUGAUCAGUUGCAGGGGACAGAUAUUGUUGAAAGUGAAGAUGUCAGUGAUCAUGAAUUGAUGAACCUGGUGGAGAGUUUUCAUAAAUUUCAGGGAAUUGAACUUGGAAAGAAUCCUGAAGCUUAUGAAGAUUUUCAGGCACCAUUUACAGCGCCAAGUGUCGAGUCAAAUUCUGCAUAUGAUCAAGUUGAACCAGUUGAUGGAAUAAUUUCUGAUGUGGUGUCAGCUGGGAAAGAAGAAGUGGAUGAGGAUGAAUUGAAGAGAUUGGAAGAUAUCACCAACACUGCAAGUGAUGAAAUUGUCACUCCAGAGAGGAUUGACAGUGAGACUACAAAAUCUGAUGCCACCAAUCCUGAAGUGGAGAGAUUUUUUGAAGGUUUGAAAACUGAUCUAUUUCCAGAAGCAGUGAUAGGGUUUGUCAUGAUUUUGACAUCUUUCGUUUUGGGAUUUCAUUUGAGGCGGAAGAGAACUUCUGCUAAAAAUGCUUUGGUCAUGGGAAGGAUGCUUUCCGAAUCCGCGAUAGCAAAGAAAAUCAGCCCUGUACUUCCCCACAUGGAAGAAGGGCACAUUGAGAAAGUUGUUCCUUCUGCAAAUCCCUCCUCUUGGAUUCGUUCCAUGGACGAAUCCUUGAAAGAGUCUUACCAAAGCCGUGCACCGUCAGUGGAAUUGCUUACCGAGUUUGAGGUUGGAGAGGUCAGCAGCUCUCUUAGGAGUUGUGGUUUGAAAAGCAAGAUGAUGGAUAACGAGGAAAGCAAUUACUCUGUUUCUCAAGAGAAGGGGGGUUCUUGGAGCAAGGAUCGUGCGGUGUCUGGUCAAUUGGCAUCACCUUUAUCAGAGUUCUCAACCAUGGACUCUCCCUCAUAUGGAAGCUUUACAGCUGAAAAGAAGAUGGCAAAGAAAGAGGAGGGAAAAGAUGGAGAAGUGAGAAUGGUAGUCACAACUCCAGUGAGGCGAUCUACCCGAAUUCGCAACCGUUCAGUCAUGUCUCCAUGAAUCUUAGAUCAUCAUCAAUGAUUAUUCUUCUGAUCAACACCAUUCUGAAACAGCAUCCUCUGUUGUUCCAUAAAUCAGCCCCCUCCGACUGAAAGUUUAAGAGAGGAAGGAGGCUCUCUAAUAUUUCAGUAAUUGUAGUAGGUCUUUAACAUGUAGCAACUGAUUUUUUUAUUUUAAUCAAAGAUUCAAUUUGCUAGUUCUUUCUUUGA